UCCGUACCGUAUCUGACAUUGACAGUUCGUGAUCGAGAUUGUGAAAAACAAAAACACGUGAAUUUAUUAACGAAUGUCGUUAAAAUUUCAUAAAUUUCUAUUGUAUUAAUAAUAGUAAUAAUUGAAGCUAUCUAAUAAAAUGUUUAAAAUACCCAACUGGGCAGACGAUGUUCCUAAGACUAAUAUUCAAUUCGGCAAAACGAAUAAGAAAAAAAAGAAGAAUGAAAGUGUUUCCCAAACGGAUGCCAAGGACGAAAUGCAGUUUAACAAGCAAGAUGUUAAAUCAUAUUUGAGCACAACUUUCAUGGCUAAUGGAAAUAAUUUAAGUGCUAAAACCAAGAAAAAGAAACGGAAACGUAAAGGCAAACUAUCUGAAGUAACUACAAGUAGCUCUGAAUUUAUACCUGGUCAAUUUGUAUUAAAUCCAAAUAAAAGAAAACUUGACAAUAAAUCUACAGGUAAUGAUUCAAAGAUUAGUGAGAUUAAAAAGAAACGCGGAAUGUCAAAUAGAAAUUUAGCAAAUAUUAGUGAAUCAAAAAUUACAAACACUAAAGAAGUCAAAAAAGAGACACAGAAAAAAGAAAUUAGUCAAAUGGGAAUCAAAAUAAACUCUAAAAAGGAGAAGAUUAAGAAGAUGCUUGCUGAGAGCAACAGAAAUUCUAUUGAUGGUAGUAACAGCAAUAGUUUGAGACAAAGAAUGCUGGAUAAGCUAAAAGCUGCUCAAUUCAGGUACCUGAACGAGAAGCUAUACACAUCAUCGGGCUCCGAAGCCAAGCAGCUGUUCCAGAGUGACCCGGAUGCCUUCCAGACCUACCACCAGGGCUACCAACAGCAACUCAAGAAGUGGCCUGUCAAUCCUCUGGAUUUGAUAGUGAAGAGGAUUAUGAGAAUGCCUAAGACUCACACAAUAGCAGACAUGGGCUGUGGGGAAGCAGCAUUAUCAAAGCGGGUGCCACACACAGUCCGCUCCUUCGACCUGGUGGCCACAUAUCCUGGGGUGGAAGUAUGCGACAUGGCACACACACCAUUGCUCAGUGAAUCUGUGGAUGUUGCAGUAUACUGCUUGGCACUGAUGGGCACUGAUCUGGCACAAUAUUUGGUUGAGGCUAACAGGGUCUUGAAAACUGGAGGUGUCCUCCUCAUAGCUGAAGUAGAGAGCCGUUUCGAAAAAGCAGAGACAUUCACGGAUGCUGUCCAGCGCUUGGGCUUCAAACUGAAGAAUUUGGAUAGCAGCCACAAAGUGUUUUUCUUCAUGGAGUUCGUCAAGGUGACCCACGCGCCGGCAAAGAAAUCCAAACUACCUGCAAUAACGCUAAAACCUUGUUUGUAUAAAAAACGGUGAAUAAAUAUUUUAUAUCUUGAA